CGGAGGAGAGGUGGUGCCGUGUCCCGGUUGGAAGCCACACACACCGGCUUCCACAGCUCCAGACAGAUCCGGCCGCGCCGUUCCGUGGUGUGGUGACAAGCGCGUCAAGACAGCGCCUGUCAAACUUGGAACUUCUGAGAGGAAGGUGGAAACGCGUUCAAGACCAUGUCUGACGGAGAGCUGAUCAAGAAAAUGCUAAGGGUCAUCCUCCAAGCCAACAAGGGAGGACUAUCGCUGUCCCGCCUGCAGUCCGAGUACAAGGAGCUGACCGGUGAACAGAUUCCACAUAAGCAGAUGGGACACAACCAUCUGGACACUUUGCUGGCCAGCAUGCCCUCGGUCGUCCGCGUGGACCGCAGCCGCUCUGGAGAGUUGGUGUACUUUGCCUCUGCGGAUAAAGAGACGGCCCACGUUGCCAAGGUGAUGGCUCGCCAGCGCGGUUCCAAGAAAACCGGGCGGCCCCACGUGGUGAACACCCAGAUGAGGGUCAAGCCAACGGCCUUGCUUGUCUUCAACGCAAAACCUCAAACCUCCCUGAGGCAGCCGAGCCACCGCGGACGAAGCGGCGCCAGAGGAGGCGGCGGCGGCGGCGGCCGGGGCUCCGGACAUGGAGACCACAGACAAUCCCGGGAGGUGAAGGAUGGACAGUCGGAGGGCAGGUCCAAGAUGGCCAACCAGACCACACCCGGCAGGUCGGAAAGGAGGAUGACGCUCCCGUCACGCUUUCAGAAGGAGGUACAGGCUCACAUUUCCAGAAACACCCAACACACUUGUCAAACUUCCCAUUUGAAUGAGAAUUUGGACUCGGGCAAAAGCAAAGUGUACAACCCUCAGCAGGUCCAGAACUGCAUCAAGGACAUCCUGUCCCUGUACAGCAACGGUUUCUGGGUGUCCAAGCUGCCUCAGAUCUACAAAGAGCUCUACAAACAGGACCUGCCAAGCGAGGCCAUCCGAGACCUGGAGACCUGGAAGCACAUCUGCACCAUCGAGCGAACAUGCAGCAGUAACCCGUCUGAGCUGCUUCUCUACCCGGCCAAGGAGCGGACGAGCGGAUCCGUUCCUCCUUCAGCUUGUGUUUCUUCUUCCAGCUCCCCACCCGACAAGCCCUCGCAGUACCCCGACCAACGAUUAAAAGAAUCCGGCUCACAGCCUCCUUCGUCUUUGUCGUCCCCCAGCCCGCCCUCGUCGCCAGCUUCCCUUAGCCCCGAGCUGAAGCAGAAACUGGAGGAACUUCUGCUCAAAUAUUCCAGCGGGCUGUGGGCCCACGCGCUGCCGAAGCUCUUCCAGGACACUUAUAAAACCAAACUGCCUGCGCACGUCCUGGAUAACCUUCACCUCCUCUCCGACAUCUGCACCGUCGACUACCCGAUGCCCGACAACCCCAAGAGGGCCAUCUUGUAUCGGAGGAACACAGGAGGAGGAGACGAGAACUGUAACAGGAGAAGCUCGUCGGCCAGUGAGGAGGAGCAGAAAGUGAAGGCGAGACCGUGCGAGCGCUCGGUGCCUCCUCUGCAGAUCCCCAAAGAGGAAUAUCCCUCCGUGCUGGUGGUGGAAGCCACAAACACCAACAAAGUCGUUUUGAGGUACAUCGGUGAGAACUACUCGCAGGCUCAGGAGCGUUUGGAGGAUGAAAUGAGGGAAUUUUACAGCCCGGGCAAGUUGACGCUUCGCUCAGCGCCGCCGUCGGGCCAACUCGUAGCCGUCAAAACCGAGGAGGAGGAAGUUCUGAGAGCUCAGGUGUGCGAGCUCUUGGUGGAUAAGGUGAAGGUGUACUUUGUGGAUCAUGGUUUCUCCGAAGUGGUUAGCAAAGGCAAACUUUUCGAGCUGGACGAAAAGUUCUUGAAACUACCUUUCCAAGCCACCAAGAGCAAACUGGCAGGUCUGGAGCCCUUCAGUCAGGAGCCCGCUGUGCUGAAGACUUUGGAGGCCAUGGCGAGCGGCCGCAUCCUAUUGGCCGAAAUCCUGCAGAGGGGGCAGACCCCUUUGAUGGUCUUGUACGACACGUCGCAGGAUGACGACGUUAACAUCAACGCCGCCUGCAUGAAAGCUCUGCAGGACAAGAACCUCGUCAGUCCCUUGCAGGUUAACAGCGCUUAUAUGAAUGUGACCGUCACCAGCGUCUGCUCUGAUGGGACCAUCUACUGUCAGCUCCCCUCCAGAGGUCUGGCCAAACUCAACGAGAUCCUCGACAACAUCGAGACCUACUUCCACACGCAGGUAACGUCAGAGUUUCUGGUCUCCAGGCCAUUCUGCGGCAAAGGAUGCGUGGCUCGAUACAAAGGCAGAUGGGCCCGCGUGGAAAUCACAAAUCUGCACGGCAGCAGAGUGUUGGACAUCCUCUUCCUUGACGUGGGAGUCCAGGCUUCCGUAGAAGUCUUUGAGCUCAGGGAGAUUCCACACAAGUUCCUCCGUGACCUCGUGGCCAUCCCACCGCAGGCUGUCAAGUGCCGCCUGGCAGACCUUUCUGUCAGCGUAGGAUCCUGGAGUCCAGAUACUGUCCAGUGGCUUCGGGAGAAAGUUCUCAACACCACUGACUGCAGCAUGAAGGUGGCCAAGGUGGACAAAAGCAAACAGUGCGUCUACGUUCACCUCUUCACCGACAAGAACUUCCACGACCCAGCUUGUAGUCUCAACCACCGGAUGGCCCGCUCGGACCUGUUCAAAGAGCAACCUGAUGUCUAUCUGACCAGCCACAGUCCCAUCAAGAUCUCCACACUCGCCGCACCCAGCAAGAUUUCGAGCGAUGGCGACAUCACCAACGGCAGUCCUAAGUCGGUGGCAACCAAGACUUACCUCAGAAAAAUUCCGGCCGGACCCAAAGGACCUGCCGGCAGCCCACCUGGGGCUCAGUCAGGCCCUUCAUCCGCUUUCCAGCUGCCACCGUUGCUAACGCUGCCCCCUGCAGGGAACAAUAUGGACGUGUACGUAUCAGUGGCGUGCCAUCCGGGCCACUUUGUCCUCCAGCCCUGGAGGGAUAUGUACAAGCUGGUGGUGCUGAUGGGGGAGAUGAUCCUCUUUUACAACCAAACGGACGACAGACCUCUGAGCGUGCACAAGAAUCACAUCUACGCCGCCAAGGUGGAGAACAACUGGUACCGCGUUUUAGUGAAGGGCGUUCUCAGCAAUGGGCUGGUGUCCGUUUACGAGCUGGACUACGGAAAGCACGAGGUGGUCAGCUGCACGCAGCUGCGAGCUCUUCACAAGGAGUUCAGACAGCUGCCCUUCCAGGGAAUCACCGCUCAGCUAGCCGGAGUGAAGACGAGGCAGUGGUCCGAGGAAGCUUCCAUCGUCUUCAGAAACCACGUGGAGAAGAAGCCCCUCGUGGCCCAGCUGGAGGCCGCACAGGAGGCGGCAAACUCCUGGGACAGGAAGCUGAUCGUUUUCCUGGUGGACACCUCGCAGCAGGAUUGCGACAUCUGGGUGCACGACAUCAUGGCCGAGUUUGUGGACAAACUCCCCGAUGAAUAACACUGUGGACAAUCUCAGCUUUGCUCCUUGGUCUCCGACAAGAGCUGAGACAUUUUUCAAACAAUUCCCGGGACUGAAAAGAAUGGAAAUAAGAGACUGAAGGUUAAGUGGAGUAAAAUAUCGCCCCCCGGUGGCCGUUUUUGAGACUACAUCUAGAACUUGAUUGCGUGAGUGCAGUGCCGCGGAAAUAGUGUCAAACACGGCCGAGCUACGCCGUUUGAGUCGCGAUGGCAAUUAUUUGCACCCUUUCCAAAUAAUACGCAGAGAUCAUUAGAAAUUAACCAACGCAUGUCGGUUUCAAAUGAAUGCGCCACAUUCCAUUUAUUUUUUAAAUGCUGUUGAAAGCUCUGAGCUGCACUGUUGACUAAUUUAUUAUUGCCUGGAAUCUUGCAUUUUAUUUAACAAUAAGAUAUUGACUUGUGGAAUAAAGUCAAUGUGACAGAAAA